AUGGCUGCGGCAAGCAUUUUCCUGGCCGUACUAGUAGUAUCUGCCAUCUCCACUUCUUCUUCGAGGCCGACCAACGGCAAUCGCAGCGACACUGAUCUCGCUGCACUGCUGGCUUUCAAAGGCCAGCUCUCUGACCCUCAAGGCGUUCUUGCAAGCAACUGGACCACCGCUACAUCUUUCUGCCUCUGGGUCGGCGUCUCGUGCAGCCGGCAUCGAGAGCGUGUCACCUCUCUGUCGUUGCCGGAUGCGCCCCUCCAUGGAUUGCUUGCUCCUCAGCUUGGUAACCUCACUUUCCUCUCCUUCCUCAACCUCACCAACACAAAUCUUACAGGCACAAUCCCAGAUGAUUUAGGAAGACUGCAUCGCCUAAAAUUCCUAUAUCUCGGUGAUAAUGGCCUGUCAGGUAGCAUCCCUCCUACCAUAGGAAACCUCACCAUGCUUCGAAAUCUUAGCCUCGACUCGAACCAUCUCUCUGGUCCACUCCCACUAGAGCUGCAGAACCUGCAGAGUCUUGCAUACAUAAAUCUCGAGAGGAAUGAUCUCAGUGACUCAAUACCGACCAAUCUAUUCAACAAUACUCCCAUGUUAACUUAUCUCAACUUGGGCAACAACAGCUUCUCAGGACUAGUGCCAUAUUCUGUUGGAUCGUUGCGAAUGCUUGAGUUUCUUAGCAUGCAAUUCAAUCAUCUCCACGGUCCACUGCCUCUAGGAAUGUUUAACUCAUCUAGACUACACCUUAUUUGGCUGUGCUGCAAUCACAACCUAACUGGUCCUAUCCCCGGCAAUGAAAGUUUCAGUCUCCCGAUGCUGCAAGAGAUCGACAUCGGACGGAAUAGUUUCACCGGCCAGAUUCCGUUGAGUAUUGCAUCUUGUCAAUAUCUCGAUACCCUUUCCUUGUUCACAAAUUCGUUUCACGAUGUUGUGCCUACAUGGUUGGGCAGAUUGACUCGUCUCAAAAUCCUUACCUUGGGUGGGAAUACACUUUCUGGACCAAUCCCUGUUGACAUAAGUAACAUCACAGGGCUAGAGGUAUUGGACAUAUCAUCCUGCAAGCUGACAGGGGUCAUCCCAUCAGAACUGGGACAAUUGAGCAAGUUGUCAUAUUUGCAUCUUGCACAAAAUGAACUGAUAGGACCUCUUCCUGCUUCUCUUGGUAACUUGUCAAGCUUAGGACUACUACUAUUGGAUUCAAACUUUCUAUUUGGAUCAUUACAAGAAACAAUUGGUAAAAUAAACUCUCUAGCAUCCCUAGGUAUUGCAGAUAAUAACUUCCAGGGAGAUUUGAACUUCCUGUCAACUCUUUCUAACUGUCAAAGGCUUUACAUGUCGAAAAACUAUUUCACUGGGACUCUCCUCGCAAACCAUGUAGGGAACAUGUCCACUGAACUUCAAACAUUCAUUGCAGAUGGAAACAUGAUAUCAGGUGGGCUUCCAGCUACAGUGUCCAAUCUCACUAGCCUCAACGUCCUAGACCUUUCAUCUAACCAACUACAUGGGACAAUCCCAGAAUCAGUCAUGAUGAUGGAAAAUCUACAACUCCUUAACAUCUCCAGCAAUCUUAUGUUUGGCUCCAUCCCAGCAAAAAUUGUAAUGCUAAAAAAUCUUGAUGAACUCUACCUCAACCACAACAAAUUUUCUGGCUCCAUACCAAAUGGACUCGAUAACCUUACCAAGUUAGAAUACUUAGGAUUAUCUGGCAACCAGCUAUCAUCAACAAUACCACCAAGCUUAUUUCACAUUAGUAGCCUCAUUACACUAGAUCUAUCUCAAAACUUCUUGAAUGGUCCAUUACCAGUUGAUAUCAGCUAUUUGAAACAAAUUAAUAGCAUAGAUCUCUCUACCAACCGCUUGCUUGGUAGCCUCCCAGAUUCGAUUGGACAUCUCCUAAUGAUGUCCUACUUGAACCUAUCACACAAUUCAUUCCAUGACUCAAUUCCACAAGCUUUUAGUAAGCUAGCUAACCUGGAAAUUUUAGACCUAUCCCACAACAAUUUCUCCGACACCAUUCCAGUGUACCUUGCCAAUUUUACGUACCUCACUAUCUUGAACCUGUCUUUCAACAAGCUACAAGGUCAAAUACCUAAAGGAGGUAUUUUCACAAACAUCAACCUGCAAUCUUUAAAGGGGAACGUAGGGCUCUGUGGUGCUCCACGUUUAGGAUUUUCACCAUGUCCAAGUAACUCUCAGCGAAGAACCAACAGCCACAUGCUAAAACUUUUGCUUCCUACUACCAUCAUAGCAAUUGGAGUUGUAGCUUCCUGUGUAUACAUGAUGAUCAGAAAGAAAGUUAAGAAGACACCGUGCACAACAAUUUCUGAUGGUAUGGACGACAUGAUCGGCCAUCAGUUAGUCUCCUACCAUGAGCUCGCUCGUGCCACUGAUAAUUUUAGCAUCAACAACCUAUUGGGGUUUGGAAGCUUUGGAAAAGUUUUUAAGGGCCAGUUGAGCAAUGGAUUGGUGGUUGCAAUAAAAGUCCUAGACAUGCAGCUGGAACAAGCUAGGCGAAGCUUCGAGGUCGAGUGUGGUGCAUUGCGUAUGGCGAGGCACCGCAACCUAAUCAAGAUACUGAACACAUGUUCUAACCUAGACUUCAGAGCACUAGUCCUUCAGUACAUGCCCAAUGGCAACUUAGAGAUGCUCCUACAUGACUCUGAAGGCACAAGGCAGCUGGGGUUCCUUGAGAGGCUUGACAUCAUGCUCGACGUGUCAAUGGCAAUGGAGCAUCUACACCAUGAGCACUAUGAGGUGGUCUUGCACUGUGACUUGAAGCCUAGCAACGUGUUGUUCGAUGAGGACAUGACGGCUCACGUGGCAGACUUUGGCAUUGCAAGGUUGUUACUAGGUGAUGACAACUCUAUGGUCUCGGUGAGCAUGCCUGGAACAAUUGGGUAUAUGGCACCAGAAUUUGCAUACAUUGGAAAAGCAUCAAGGAAGACAGAUGUGUUCAGCUACGGGAUCAUGCUCCUUGAAGUCAUCACCGGAAAAAGACCCACAUGUGCCAUUUUUACUGGGGAUCUAAGCCUUAGGCAGUGGGUUGUGGAGGCGUUUCCUGGAGAUCUUGUCCAUGUUACGGACAAUCAGCUGCUCCAACACUCUUCUUCUGGCUGCAGCUUGGAAGAAUUUCUUGUGUCAAUAUUCGAUGUAGGCUUGCUCUGCUCCCAUGAGUCGCCUCACCAAAGGAUGACCAUGAGUGAUGUGGUUGUGAGGUUGAAGAAGAUAAAGAAGGAGUACAUUAGCGCACAACAGUCAUGAAGGACAACAUUUAGUUGUUCUGCUUCUGCAGCAAGAAGUAAGACCAACAUCUACUUACCUACUUGUAUGUAUUGUUUGGGCGCAUGUGUAGACACUGAGAAAUAACGUUUGAUGGUUUUUAUGUCACGGAAAACGCUUAUGUAAG